AUGGGGCUACCCUGCCCUGGUGGAAUAGAGUCAUUUAAAGAAACAGCAGUAACUUGCGACAAAAUGGGAAAGAUCAUCUUCUACGAAGACAGAAACUUCCAGGGUCAGCACCAUGAAUGCUACAGUGACUGUGCCGAUCUGCAGUCUCACUUCAAUCGCUGUAAUUCCAUCCGGGUCGAUAGUGGGUGCUGGAUGAUCUAUGAGCGUCCCAAUUACAUGGGAUACCAGUACUUCCUGAGCAAGGGAGAGUACCCUGAUUACCAGAGGUGGAUGGGUUUUAAUGACACAGUCAGGUCCUGCCGCAUGAUUCCUACAUACAGGGGAUCGUAUCGAGUGAGAGUGUAUGAGAAGCCUGAAUUUGGAGGCCAGAUGAUGGAGUUCACAGAUGACUGCCCAUCUGUCCAUGAUCGAUUCCGUUUCCAGGACAUUCACUCCUGCAAUGUGUCAGAAGGUUACUGGCUCUUCUAUGAACAUCCCAACUACAGGGGAAGACAGUACUUCUUGAAACCUGGAGAUUACAGAAAGUGCAGUGAUUGGGGUGCCCUAACCUCCAGAAUUGGCUCUUUCAGACGCAUCAUGGAUUGUUAUUAA